UUUCAAACCGUUUCUGCAAGCGCACGCGAUAAUGAAUUGUUUGAUAUUUUUCAUAUUUACCGUUGCGACGUGCCACGCAGCGGUAGAAUUUAGUGGAAGAGUGAGAAAUUUUAGUAUAGAACUUCUACAUUACACACAACUGGAAACCGAAGGACAUGUUGUUAUAUCACCCUUCGGUAUAUGGAGUUUGAUGACUGGCGUCGCACUUGGGGCGACCGGCAACAGUAGAGCUCAACUGUCAAGAACGUUUUUGUUACCUAGCAAUCAAAAUUCCAUUAUAAAUGGUUAUCAAAACUUGACAAGGACAGUGCUUGAAACGAAAACACCGGGAGUUCAAUUAACAACUAAGAAUUUCGUUUUUAUAGACAAAGGAUUCCAUGUAUUCGAUGCAUUUAAAAGGACGUUAACCUCUGACUUUGCGGCAAAGAUAAUCGAACUCGAUUUUAAAGAUUCGACCACAGCAGCACGUAUCGCCAACACAGCAAUUGAAGAUUCCGGAGCGACAGUUUCAAAUGUUCUAAGGUCAGACGAUUUUGGGACAGCAAGAAUGAUUUUGACAAACGUGAUCUCCUUUAAAGGACUUUGGUCUUCGCCUUUCAAUGUUUCAGACACGAAUGUCGAACCAUUUUACGAUGAAAACAAAAAACAAAUCGGUCAAGUUAAAAUGAUGUAUCAAAGAGCGAUGUUGCCUUAUUCAAAUAUUCAAGCACUGAACGCUACCGUUAUGCAGUUGACCUAUGGGGGUGAUAAUAAGUACAGCAUGCUAGUUAUCUUGCCCUAUCCAAGAAUUAAGGUUACAGAAGUAUACAAAAAGUUCACUAUGAUAACGUUAAAGGAUAUACUCGAAAGACUCGAGAACGACACCAAGGAGUACGGAUUGGACGAGGUCGAUCUGAAACUGCCAAGAUUCAAAAUCAGCACAAAUGUCGUUCUGAACAAACCAUUAAACAGCAUGGGUGUGUUUGAUAUAUUUAAUCCUAAAUUAGCAAGCUUCGAAAAGAUUACAAAAGAGGAAAUAUUUAUUUCCGCCAUUGUACACAAGGCAGACAUAGAGGUCACGGAAUCAGGUACGGUCGCUUCUGCAGCUUCCUCGGCUUACAUCGUCGACCGCAUAUCAACUCCUGCUUUCGAAGCAAAUCGACCAUUCAUAUAUUUUGUUAUGGAAAAGGAGACAACAACUGUAAUCUUUAGUGGGAUUUAUUCCAAACCGAGCGUUUUUUGAAGUGUUUUAAUGUGAUUAAUAAGAUUAGACCAUAUGAGGAAAAAAUGUGUGUUAAUGAAGACGGAUGAUCUUUCAAUUACUAGGUCACUACUAAUAUUGCCUGGGUGAAGUGAUUAUGUCAUAGUGUGUUAUUUUAUCCAUUAUCUUACAAAUAUAAAUUUUCUUCAGCAUUUUA